GAAGCCUUUGAUGACUGCUUUAGUAAAGCUGUUGGAGUUUCCAAUUCAAGUAUCAUCCUUGACAGCUUCAUGAGGGCAAAAAGUCAUGAUUCAAGCCACGGUUUCAAAACCCUACCAUCAUAUGGACGUCUGAACGGUACCAGAGGCGAUGGAUGGUGCGCCGAAAAAAAUGAUGAAAACCAGUGGCUUCAAGUUGAUCUCGGGAAAAUUAUUGAAGUGUGCGCUGUUGCAACCCAAGGAGACAUCAAUGGCAAUGAAUGGGUGAUAGACUUUAAACUAGCGCUCUCUAAAUCUUUUGAGGGUCGUUGGCCAACAUAUAAGGAUGCUAACGACUUAGAAGUGGUACGAUUUGCGCCAAAAUGUUGUUUUGUUUUAAUACCGGAAAAUUUAUCGUUUUAUGAUGGUGUACAAUAAGAUCUUCAAGUACACAGUUUGAACGCAGGAUUAACUCUAAAUGAAUAUGAAAGCGAUCUUCUCAACAAAGGACGCUACUUAAGCAGUAGUAAAAAUAAGGCCCGAAAAAUAAAAUUCAGGACUGUGCGGGAUGACCUUUGCGAUACCGAUGCAGUGCGCUGCCGACUGAGCAAACAAACGGGUUAGAUACCAACCAACAUAAUGACCAGCUCCCAGUCGGCUUGUUGUCAGACAGCCUUGUGUCUCUAUGAUCUAGAUGGCUUCACGGUCAGAGCAUUUGAUAUUUUAACCCGCUCCUAGUCUACGACUGAGUUCGUCUUUCUCUUCAAUUUCGACAGUAAAUUUCGUCGCCUAUCAUCGGUAUGUAGGUAACGGAAAUUGCUUGGUUGUAGGAUUUACGAGAGUUGCACACCUACUUCAUUGUUCGGUUUAUGUACUGAACUCACAGGAAUGGCGUUACCGUUCGUCGUUAUAUAAGCAGAUAGGCGAAGGGGUGCUUCAUCGAAAGAAGUCGUUUUCGUAGUUUUUUCUGGGAUUGAGGAGGUUUUUGUUUUCUUCUGAUAAAAUGUCUGGUGUGUUGCUUACUAUUACACGUUAGAAUCCUAAUGGUAGGGAAAAUCGUGAGAUUUUGGCCCCUUGUUCAGUUAGAGCGAUAAAUGUAUUGCCAAAGCAGCAUAAUAAAAACUGCAUCGUCUGUCAGAAAGGGUGCGAUCAUCGAUGUACUUCCUCUCAACUUCGACAAUAACUUGGGAAAAAGGCAGUUCCAUAGUUGUCCCUUGUAGUUGUCUGAAAUUUUUAUCGUCAUCAAAAUCUAUUUUUAGGUAUGAAGAAUUUUCUAAAUAUGUCACCUCAUCAAAUUUUCUUAUUUUGUUAGAAAUUUCGCAGGGAAGGUGGAUCCAACACAAUUAAUCAACAUCCAUUGGAAGUUCCAGUUUAUGCAAGAUACAUUCGUUUUCUUCCAGUUACUUGGAAAGGUCAAAUCUGCCUCAGAGUUGAGGUUUACGGAUCCGUUAGUAAGUUUGCUAUCUAUUAA